AUGCCCUUUGGUGGAUACACAUUUAGUGCUUCACCUUAUAAUAGUACAACCAAUAGUAAUUACUUAACUCUCUACGCGUAUGGAGAUAAUGAAACUCAGAUAGGCAGUAUUGGACCGACUCCUAUAAAUCCAUAUAGUGCGAUGUGCAUUACUAGUAACAAUACGUUAUUAUUUGCUGCUAACACUAGUAAUGAGAGAAAUUCUUGGACUCUAUAUAAUUAUCGAUUGCCAAUAGUUCAUCCUGUCUUUAAUGGUUAUUACAGCAAUCUCGAGAUAAAUUACACUGUCCCAGAAAUUAAUGGUACCGUCGAACCAUUUAAUGCGACAACGAUUAGCAUCACUUUCAAUGUUCCCGUCGAAUUUACAAAUGCAAAUAUUUCGAUAUACCAUUCUAGUACUGGCAAUCUUCGGCAAAUAGUUUCUGGGACAAAUAGUGAUAUUUGCAGUAUUAGUUCGGAUUCUCUAACAAUUACUGUUAAGGUGAUUAGCAGUGUAUUUAAUCAGCCUGGAGAACAAUAUUACAUUAAAAUGGACAAUAAUUUUGUAAAGAGUAAAGAUUUAAAUGAGCCUUUAAAAGGGAUCGAAAGUCAUAUUUGGAUUCCUACAGCAAAUAUUAUCCCCGACGAAGAAAAAUUUUCGGAUGGGACGAGUGGUACACUUUAUCUUACUAUAAAUGCCACGGCAGCGUUUUUAAAUCUCACCGGAUCAGAGAAAUCGGAAUAUAUCUCUGAAUUACUAAUAGAGCUUACAUAUAUGGUGCCAGUUCGACAAAACCGAUUAAGUUCAAAUGGGAAUUAUCAGCAUAUUAAUGCGGGAACUCCUUUCGAACAAAUAUUUAUUGCUGUAUAUGUGAAUAAGCCGAAUAAUAACACCGAAAGAAGUGUCCCCGGGGUGUUCUCCGAUUUAAACACUAUGAUUUCAAAAAAGCAAAUCACCAGUAUCUCUACCGGUUCUAAAACAAAUGAUCUGGAUCCGAAUUUCGGUUUUAAUGAACAAUCGAAUUUGUGGAAUGAAUAUAAGAUGCAGAUAAUCGGCGUAUUGAUAGCUUUUUCACUGUGUGUUUUGCUCUUCUUGCUGGCGCGAAGCAAAAAACCGGAGGAAAAUAAUAAAAUACAUGAUAAUAAGUGGUUCGAAAAAAAUGGUAAAAUAGCAGCCAUAUUUACUAUUGUCGCGGCAGCUGACGUUCAGGCUCUGGAAGUUUUAAACUCGAAUUUGGGAGGGCUCGACAUUUUCAAUGCUCCAUUCUCUGGUGAUGCGUCUUACAAGAUCUUCAUAGGAUCGUGUGUUGAUAUUAUUAUUAGGAAUAUUCCUCAGUUUAUUAUUCAGUCUAUCGUGACCUACAACAUUGUUCCACUUCUCUUGCUGGCCACGACAUUCCUUACACUUCUUGUAAACAUUAUUGGUCGUCUGUAUGAAUCAAGACAUCGUUUGCGCCCUCAAUAUUCUCCUCCAUCGGAGGAAGCCGUUUCUAAUCAAUCAACCCAUAAGUCGAAUGAAGGAAAGAAAAAUAUCGAUGACCCUGAAGAAUCAAAGAAUACGGAAGAAUUAAAAAUUGAAAAUUAA